CUGCCAAGCGGACGAUUCAAAAAUUUGCCCUGCGCGAUAUUUGUCGAGCAAAAAUUAAAUUCAUUAGACUAAUUAUCAAUAACGCAGUAAUUUGUUAAUAGAAAAUACCAAUAAACGAUUUUAUAAGGAUAUUAAUUAUUUCUGAAUAAUAGGUGAUAGUGUAAAAAAUCGAAUGUGAUAAAAUAUCAGGCUAACCUCUCAAUUAAGCAUUGUAAAUAAAAACAAACCUGAGUUUUGUGAUUAUUUUUUUUUUAAGUCUCAAAUUUAAUUGAAAAAUGGACCUUUUGAAGGCGGAGAUAAUGAAGAAACGGAAGCAAUUGGAAGAGAGUAAUGUUCUUACUGGAAACAAAAAAUACUUCAGACGAGGUGAUCUUAUCGCCAAGGAGACAGCAACAGCGAAGAGUAGUGGCAGUGCAAAUAAUCCUGAAAAUCCAGUAGUCAGCAGAAACUCGGAGCAGUCUGUUGAGAAUACAGUGGAGCACCAGCAAUUGUCCAGGCCAGAAGUCAUCAGGAGAUUGCGUGAACGCAGUGAACCCAUUCUUUUAUUCGGCGAGUCUGAGCUCGAGGCCUUCCAACGCCUUCGCAAAUGCGAAAUUCUCGAGCCAGAAGUCAAUAAAGGAUUCAGAAAUGACUUCCAAGAGGCGAUGGAGCAGGUGGACCAGGCGUAUCUGAACGAACUGCUCUCCUCUUCGAAACCGAACAAUUGUGACAGGAAAGGAGAUGUCAACGUGCCUGACGAGGAGAUAACGUACGAGGACAUCCAGAAGAUGUCUGCCAAACUAAACAGGGGAGACAGAGACUUCGACAUGAGUGUCAUCACGCAAUUUCUUCAGUUUCUGGUGCUGGUGUGGGGAAAUCACCUGAACAGCAGAGGAACCGCUGAGAAAAUGAGCACGAGGGGAAAAAUGGCGAGUGCAACGUACGCACAGACUAGAGAGUAUCUUAAACCCCUCCUCAGGAAGUUGAAGAAUAAGUCACUGCCGGAGGAUAUCACUGACAGCUUGACUGAAAUCGUAAAACAUUUGUUGGAGCGAAAUUAUAUUUUGGCCAGUGAUGCAUACCUUCAGAUGGCCAUUGGUAACUCACCCUGGCCUAUUGGUGUCACGAUGGUGGGUAUUCACGCACGUACAGGAAGAGAGAAAAUUUUUUCGAAGAAUGUGGCUCACGUGAUGAACGACGAAACCCAGAGGAAGUACAUUCAAGCGUUGAAGAGAUUGAUGACUAAGUGCCAGGAGUAUUAUCCGACAGAUCCAUCCAGAUGCGUCGAAUACACCAAGAAAUGAUUUUUAAAGAUUCUCUAAAUGUUUAUUUAAUUGUAAAUAACCCAAGAAGGUAUUCGACAUUUUU